AUGAGCUUACCGUCAGAGAUUGUGGAGAGGAUACAAGCCUUUGCAGAAAGCUGCCGGGAAUUCGAGGUCCAGCGGCAAGAAGAGCUCACUGCUGCAACGCAUCGCGAGAACUAUGAUGGGCAACUCGACGAGACUCUGAAAAGGUUGCGAGGGCAGGUUGAUAGGCAGGAGUCCGUAUUGCAAGAGUUGCGCGCAAGAAGACCCUUAGACCUCCCUCGCCCAGACCUAAGCCCGGCUGCUCGCCUCGCUCAAACUCGUCGAGCCAUAGAAGCGUAUCGAUCUCUAUCUAGUAAAGAACCAGAAUUACCGGCCCCUGGCUCACCUCUCAACGCGUUGCUGGCUUUUCGGGAGACGUCACGGCUAAUCCAAGAACUUAAAGCCAGCGUCUCCGCCGCGGCGCGAGAUCUCGCCUCCAAUCGCGAACGAUUGAACACCGAAGAAGCAAAUUUACGGGAUGCGCGAUUGAUUACUACAGAAGUGCGGAAUCGCCUCGAAGACCUACGGAAACAGCAACGGCAAGAAGCCGGGAAAACGAAAAGUCCAUCACAGCUUGCCAAGGAUUUGAUCCGGAAAGAGCGAAAACACGAAAAUGAACUUGAGAUGAAAUCGGCAGAGCUAAAGGAUGCAUUGAAACAUUUUGUUGAAGAGCAUCUAGCGGCUAUGCUUGCAGCUGAAGAUUUGGGUGGUCCCGUGGUCGGUGACCAGGUCGAUGUCCCUGAUAGUACGCUUGACGCCGGAUAUACGACGCGCGGCAAAGAGAAGAAAUCAAACGUUGUUAAAGCGAACGGUAAAGGUCUAAAGCAACAGCGAAUCGAUCAGCUUGUUCGUCAGCGAGCCGACGGUGACGAGGGUUCAGAUUCAAUUGUUCUCAAUAAAAGGGAGGCUGCCGCAAUGGAGUUUCACGCUGUGCUGGAAAAGCUAUUGAAUGCCACAUCGACGUCCUCAUAUGUCGAACUAGGCAAAGACUCGGCAGUCUCAAGGUUCCUUAUCAAAGCCAAAGUGGCCCAAUUCCAUCCACGAGACUCGCGAAAAAUACGACUAAUCAAUGUGUCCAGAGGCAUAUCUGACUAG